AUGUCAUGUGGCAAUUUUACAAUUGAAGAAUUAUCAGCAGCAACCCGCGGUUUCUCAGAGGCCAACCUUCUUGGAGAAGGUGGAUUUGGGUAUGUCCACAGGGGAAUCCUUCCGAAUGGGAAAAAAAUUGCUGUGAAACAGUUGAAGAUGGGAAGCCGGCAAGGCCAGCGUGAAUUUCAAGCAGAGAUUGAGACAAUUAGCAGAGUGCAUCAUAAGCAUCUUGUUUCAUUGGUUGGGUAUUGCAUGACCGGGGCUGAGCGGCUGCUUAUUUAUGAGUUUCUUCCAAACAAUACCUUGGAAUUUCAUUUACAUGGAAAAGGCCAGCCUAUUAUGAAUUGGGCAACUAGAUUGAAAAUUGCCAUAGGGUCUGCCAAUGGACUGGCAUAUCUCCAUGAGGAUUGUAAGUUCCUUUCCUGA